AUGCACGCAAGACACGUAUUCGUCUCCUCCCUUUUCCUCCUCUUCCUCCUCGCGCUCUGCCUCGUCGCCAUCCUUCCACCACGCGGGUCGCCGCCGCCAGGGUCGUUCUUCCAGCCUUGGCUGCCUCCGAUCAGCAGCGGGAGCGGCAUGGAGCACGACAACGGUGGCAGCGAAUGUGACUAUUCGGACGGGCGAUGGGUGAGGGACGACGACGCCGGCGUGACGGCGUACACGGAGGACUGCCCGUUCCUCGACCCCGGCUUCCAGUGCAUGCGGAAUGGGCGCAGGGAUGACUCCUUCCGGUACUGGCGCUGGCGGCCUCACCGCUGCCGCCUCCCUAAGUUCAACGCGACGGAGAUGCUGGAGAGGAGCCGGAACGGCCGGAUCGUGUUCGCCGGGGACUCCAUCGGCCGGAACCAGUGGGAGUCCAUGGUGUGCAUGCUCGCCGGCGCCUCGCCGGCCGGCGCGUCCAGAGUGUACGAGCAGUCCGGGAAGCCGAUCAGCCGGCACAAGGGUUACCUCUCCAUGGUUUUCGCCGACUACAACCUCUCCGUCGAGUACUACCGCGCGCCGAUGGUCGUGAUGGUUGACCGCCUCCCCACGAACGUGACGAGCGAUGACGGCGGCACCGUGAGGGGAGCAAUUCGCCUCGACGUGCUGCCUCGGCACGCCAAUCGAUGGGCCGGCGCCGACGUGCUCCUGCUCAACACCGGCCACUGGUGGAACGUGCACAAGACUGCCAAAGCGUAA